GGCCGCCGGAGCCCCGCCGGGAGCGGGCCCCUCGCUCCGCCGUGCCCCGCGCAUGGGGGCCGGCCACGGCCAUGCCCCUCGCCACCCUCCUCUUCCUCCUCCUCCUGCUGGCGGCGGCCAGAGCUGCCCCCGUGAGGCGGAGUUCAGAUGGAUCCCUCUCUGGUGUUAUGCAGAAGUGGAGGGAGUACCAGCGCCAAUGCCUGAAAUACUUGUAUGAGGCACCCCCCAUUGCAGCAGAAGGCAAGUUCUGCAACAGAACAUUUGACAACUAUGCUUGCUGGCCUGAUGGAUUACCUGGCACUUAUGUGAAUGUCAGCUGCCCCUCAUAUUUACCCUGGGCUAACACAGUGCUGCAUGGGCAGGUGUACCGGUUUUGCACCCCUGAGGGGACGUGGCUGCUGAAGGAGAACUCGACCCUGCCCUGGAGGAACCUGUCAGAGUGCGAGGCCUCAGACCAGGAUGCACCAGAAGAACAGCUCCUGAAUUUGUCCAUCAUAUACACCAUUGGAUAUGCUCUUUCCUUCUCUGCCCUUGUAAUUGCAACUGCCAUUCUUCUUGGAUUCAGACAUCUGCAUUGCACAAGGAAUUACAUUCACCUGAACCUCUUCACCUCCUUUAUCCUCCGUGCUAUAUCCGUCUUCAUUAAAGACUCAGUGGUGAAGUGGAUGUACAGCACAGCCACACAAGAGCACCAGUGGGAAGGACUUAUCUCCUUCCAGGAAUCCCUCAUCUGCCGCUUGGUCUUUGUGAUGAUGCAGUAUUGUGUGGCUGCAAACUACUACUGGUUGCUGGUGGAAGGCAUGUACCUGUACACGCUGCUGGUACUUUCAGUGUUUUCUGAGCAAAGAAUUUUUCGUCUUUAUCUCUGCAUUGGCUGGGGUGUGCCAAUGCUGUUUGUUGUCCUCUGGGGAACUGUCAAGUACCUUUACGAAGAUGAGGGCUGCUGGAGCAGAAACUAUAACAUGAAUUACUGGUUGAUCAUCAGACUGCCCAUUCUAAUUGCUAUCGGGGUAAAUUUCCUGAUCUUUAUCAGAGUUAUAUGCAUCAUCAUCUCCAAACUACAAGCUAAUUUGAUGUGCAAAACUGACAUAAAAUGCAGGCUGGCCAAGUCUACGCUGACGCUGAUCCCACUGCUGGGGACUCACGAGGUCAUCUUUGCCUUUAUUACUGAUGAGCAUGCCAGAGGGAUGCUGCGCUUCGUGAAGCUUUUUACUGAACUCUCCUUUGCUUCUUUCCAGGGGCUGAUGGUUGCAAUUCUCUACUGUUUCAUCAAUAAUGAGGUUCAGAUGGAGUUUCGGAAAAGCUGGGAGCGGUGGAGAUUGGAACAUUUGUAUGUCCAGAGGGACAGCAGUAUGAAACCUCUGAAGUGUCCAGCCAACAGCAUCAGUAGCGGAGGCACAGUAGGCAGUAGUGUCUAUGCUGCCACUUGCCAGGCCACAUUCAGCUAAGAUUUCUGAAGGUGAAUCAGACUGAGAACAAUGAACUGUAUAAUAUACCUGAAAACCCUUAAAUACCCGAGCAAGUGGCUUAAGUGUGUCAUCUCCAGCAAGAAACUUAAGUAUAUGCUGCUCAUUGCCUGCAGGCUGUUGGACAAAGGUUUCUAGGGAGAGCAAUCUGCUAAUAUAAUCAACACAUCAGAGGAAAAAUUGAUCAUGUCUAAAGUAAGUUAAAAGAGUUUCUUCCUAUUUGCACGCAAGGCCUCCAGGUGUCCAAAACUUAAGCAUAGCAUUGAUCCAGUCUGAAACCACAGGGUCAAUGGCUUAUUACUGUUGAGUGGGCGAGCUGAGUGAUCAACUGAUUAAAUUACAAGGAUACAGACUAUGAUUAUUGAAAAAAAAAAAAAUUUAGACUUUUAUGGGGAUAGGGUAAGGUACUAUUACCAGUUUUAGAAAGAACUUAGUGGGACACGUGUUUUAGGGGAGAAUCAGUUUUGUAAUACGCUUUCCAAGCCUAAAGUUCAAAAUAUGCUUACCUGUUUUAGUAGGUAGGUGAAGAACAGCAUUCUGAAGAUCUAUAACUGCAGCAGGUAGUGUGGUGUACAUUCCUGAGUGCUCUUUUUAAGCUUCACUUGAAAAAAUUAAACCAAAACCAGUAUCUAGUAGGGGGGCUCUUUUUUAUUAAUAGGUCUCUGUUGACACUGAUAGAAAUAUCCCCUGUAUGCACAGUCCUUCAGCUUUUACAUGACACUCUGCCUCUCCAGUUGCGUGCAGAAGUCAACCUGCAGUCACAAUUGGUCUUACCAGACUUCACCUGCUUGGGACAGAUUUGGCAAUUCACAGUGCGGGCUCACUCUUCUCUGGUCUCUUCUCUAGCCUUGUCCGAUUUCUGCAGGCCCACGAGCUACUUGCCAGGUGCCCUACCCGGGGUGGCAUGCAGGCAGGCAGGUUUCACCAGGCAUGUCAAGGGCUGCAUUUUCAGCACGGCGGACAGCUCCAGCUGCCCACCACCUCCCCGGCUUGCCCUCAGUGGGGUUUGGGAAGCCCCCACGGCACAGCACCCAGAGCUCGAUGGGCUUGUGUCACCUGCUAGAAUCUGCAAGGGCUCUCGCAGAAUAUGCAUCUAUGCUGCUAAUUAGCAGUCGCCCUUGCUGCUGUUUACAUGAGUUGCUGGAGAAAAAAAUGGGGUACCUUUACAAGCAGACCUCGGUCUAUUGCAUCACUUAAUAACAGACAUUACGUAUUUUUACUCAGCUUAGAUAUUCUGGCUCCCUUUACAACAGAGACAAGGUGCGAGAUACUAGGUCAGAGAAUAUCCCUGCCCAUAGCCUUCCUGUAAUGAGUAGCUGCCAUAGCCUAGCAGUUAACUACUCAGCAGAGAGAGAAAAAGAACAUAUUUUCAAGUCCCUCUUUGCACUUGAGUUCACAUCCCCCAAUGCCAAGAAAAUGGACUGGAUAUUCUGGGAUGUAAUUCAGCAUCUUCCCUGCCUGAAGCUAGAUUGCUUUGCAUGGAAUUAUUUAAUCAUUGUAUUAGAAUUCAAAUUGCCAACAGGGUGGAUUAGUUUUGUAAUCAGCAGGUUAGAAUCAAAUUACACAGGAUAGGUUACCUUCUUCUGCUAUAAUGCUUAUAAUUGAGCUCCAGGGAAAAAGUCAGACACAUUUGUAGAAAUCCACCACAGGUCUCGGGCUGGUUUAUGUCUGCUUAGCAUGCUGGCUACUAUGCAGGCCAUUCCCAGGCUGUCCCUUCAUAACGUUGGCUGCAGAGCUGACCUUGGAAUGAAGCACCUCAGGUUCAUCUGUAAAUUUAAUACCUAGUUUCCACAUUGUCACCAUUAAUACAAUGCCUGACUACUACAUAUGUAUGCUAAUUGCUGUCCUGAAAUUUAAUUAAUUAGCUUCUUGUAUGUUGAGCAUACCUGAUGUUUCUACUUAACAUCUACUGUUAAGUGCUUUGGAUAGGAAAAGUGGUAAAAUUAGAGUCAUUGGUAGGUGAAAAGGUGCUAACAGAUUAAAUAAAUAUCUGUGUGAUAACGCACACUGGAGGGACUGAUUUCACCCACGAAUAGUCAAGACAGGGCGCUAGUUUUCCAGGGCCCUGCUUGAUUGUGUGCAAACCCAGAAAAAAUGUUCCUGCUACUUGUGCAGCUGUUAGCAAAAUUAAUUUUGCUAUAGCAAUAGGAAGUUAUAGAUAUGUUGUAACACACUAUUUUGCUGGGAAAAAAAAAAGUAUACAUACCAAAUGAAAGCUAAUAGACAUAGGAAUAGACAGCAAAGUCCUUACAGGUGUGGCAUCAAAUCUAUACUUAGUUGCUGUCACAAAAUUUGACAUGCUUUUGAGCUACUAGGCUCCUUUUACCCCUCCCAGUGUCACUUAAAAACUGAGGGCUUUGGGCCCAUUGGAAUAACUCCAGCACCAGCUGUCAAACUUACCUUUUUACAUUAUGACUUGUCAGAAUCCAGGAAGAAAAAGAAAAAAAAGGUAUGUUAGACAAGCAGAGUUUUGGUGUGUUUUUUUUUUCCUCUCUAAUUAAGCUCUUUUUUCUUCAAGCCUUUCAAUAUCCCCUUUACAUACUGGUGAAACAACUCAGUGAAAGGAAUUGCCACCAAACUAACAAUAAUAUAUUUUGAGAAAUAUUUUCAGCAAGGCCUAAACAAUGAUUUCUACAUCAUACUUUAUCUAGUUCAGUAAAAUCUUUUACAAGCCUAUUGACAUCUCCAUUUCAGAAUUGAUAACUUGCAUUUAUUUGAGUAGCAUGAAAUAAGCAAAGCAACACAAAGCACUGGAACAGAUGAACUGUGUGUAUUUUUAUUUCUUGUGCCUUUCAGCUUCAUGCUCAUUUACUGUGGUAACUUGUUUCAUAAAGUAUUAAAUAGAACAGUCUAUAAAUUCACCUGGACGAUAUGUAACUAGAGUUUAUAGCAAAUGAAAACUUUAUUUCCAUCAUUGCUGCUAUAAAGUUUCAUAAUUUCAUGGAUGUUACCUUAUUUUUAGUAUUUAUUUGCAUGUCUUUCCUUGUUUAAAAAAACACCCACAGGAUCUGUGAAAGAUGUCAGAUUAUCAACUCCCCAUAAACAUGUUUAUUUUUAUCCUCAUGAAUAAAGAUUCAACACACAAAAUUCUAUCACUUACUGGUGUACUUUAUUAUUUUUUUAAGUGUCACCUAUUUCUUACUUCUUAAUUACCAUAAUACUUUCUAAGAAUGUAAAGACUUACACUUCAUGGAAGCAAAGGUUUUAUUUGUACCACCACGUCCAGUACAACAACUGCUCUUAACCUGCAGAAGCCGUAUUAAUUAAAAACAAAAUGGAGCACUUUAUCUGUAUAGCAUCAGAAGAAAUCAGCAGAAAGAGUGAGAACUCUGUGGAUUUUUACAUCUCAGCUAGAGGAUGGAGGAAGAUGUGAAAGUGAGAAAAUUCUGUGCUUUGCUUUAAAAAGCAGCAUUUGGACUGUAUGCAACAGACCAAUACUAGAAACUAAAGUACUGUGGAGAGCUAUUGAAAGAUGCUUGGCAUCGUUAAACAUAUUAUUUGUACUUUAAUCUAUUACUCUCUGGUCCAAUUGAGCUUGAUAAAUGCUUCCUUUGAUUUCCUUAACAAAUGACAGAACCUGUAGUAACUCAAUCCUUAACACUGUAAAUCACUGUUAAAAUACAAAAGGCAUAAUGAAACAGGAUUUGAAAGACCAAGCUGUGAUUUUCGUUCUUGACUCAGUACUCGCAGGCGUAAAGUCUAUUAGCUGCUCUUCACUAUGGCAAUAUCAAUGAUUUGUUUCAAUCAUGUUUUGUUCCCGUAUUUUAGAAAUACCAGUGGAUCAAAGAAAGUGUAUACCUGACAGUGUAUGGAGUGAUUGGAAGAGGCAUCACCAGCUGUGCUAUGGUUAAAAAAAAAAAAAGAUUGAAUCCAGUAACAGGGCAAAUCCCUUUCUAUCUGAGGACUUCUUGCAUUUCCACAUCUGCUGCAUGUUGACCCUAAAUUUAAAAAAAUGACAAAAAAAAAAGCAUUACCUGUCAGGAA